AUGCCCAGCGUAUUGAUCGGCGCAUUGGCUUUGACGAGCGCGUUGCUUGCUUAUAGAGUUUGGAACUAUGGCCGUCGAGAGCUUGGCCUUCCACCUGGGCCGCCAACAACCCCCAUCCUUGGAAACAUCCCACACUUUCCUAGGCUAUUCCCUUUCCUUCAAUUCAGCCGAUGGGCGGCGGAAUAUGGCGAUAUCUACUCGCUCAAAGUUCUUGAUCGAACCAUGGUGAUUCUGAGCAGCGGCCAGGCUAUUAAGGACAUAUUGGACAAGAAUGGUACCUCCACCAGCGAUCGUUUCCAGCCAUACACUCUUCUUCAUGCAGAAGGAAUAUACCAGAUUUUCGACCACGCCAGUUCGCACAGGUGGAGAGCGAUGCGCAAAGCAACACAUACCUUCCUAGCUCCCGAGGCAUUACAAGGCCACUGGGGAGUCCAACAAAUCGAAUAUACACGAUUACUCUACGACAUCGUUGAAUCGCCUAAGGACAUAUAUACCCACAUCAAGCGCACUACUGCGUCAGUGAUGACCACCCUUAUCUACGGCAAAUCUAUUCCACAUUACGCCGGCAGCAAAGCGGAACUAUUCUUUGAAGGAACAAAGUGCAUCAACGAGUUGGCUGCUCCCUUCGACCAUCCACCCCUUGACUUCUUUCCUAUCUUGAGGCAUGUCCCGGAGCGUUGGGCACCAUGGAAGACGUUAAGCAAAAAGACGAAGCAAAUUCGUAACGCAUUCGAUCAAGAUUUGUUUCACCAAUGCGAAGAGGCGGUUCGGUCUGGCAAACGGACGGGAUGUUAUCUCGAGAACGUAAUAGAAACACAAGUUGAGCUUGGUUCGAAUCGCAAUGAGGUCAGAGCAAUGGGCCGAGUUCUGCUAGACGCUGGCACAGAAACAUCAGCAUCAUUUCUCCAUUCAUUCAUCAUGGCCAUGACAUGCCACCCAGAGGUUCAGUCUAAGGCGCAAGCGGAAAUUGACGAAGUGCUCGGCAACGACCAACUCCCUGUGUUAGAGGAUUACGGCAAUCUUCCGUAUCUCAAUGCACUCAUCAAAGAGGCGAGCGAAUUCUGUUUCCCACUCCAUCGAUUCAGACCUAUCAUUCCUGUGGGUGUGCCACAUGUUGCGUCACGAGAGACUCAUUACAAUGGCUUCGUGAUCCCUCAAGGCUCGGUCAUCUUCAUGAAUAUAUGGGGUGUAUUCCACGAUCCUGGUGGAUAUAUACUUACUGAAUUCGGGACGAAGCCAGGAGCGAAUACCGAAGGUUUGCGUGAUAACUUGCCUUUCGGCGCUGGUAGGCGUAUCUGCCCUGGAGCAGAGUUGGCGUCCCGAAAUAUCGCGAUGAAUGCAAUCAACCUCCUUUGGGCUUUCAACUUUAACGAAGACACGUCUGGAUCCUGCACCAUGGACUUGGAGAACUAUCUUCCUGGAAUGGAACUCGCGUUAAAACCGUUCACAUGCAACAUCGAAGUUCGGAGUGAAGCCCGGGCGGCUCUUAUCAAGAGGGCUUACGACAUCGCUGCACUGUGA